AUAUUUUUUUAUAGAAAAUCAAGCUUACCCAGUGUGUGAAGAAAUAUGAAUGUUUCUCCCGUCCUAGGCUAAGUUACACAGGUAUCUUGCAGCGGAGUGGAAGGCAUGAGGCGUUUUGAGGCGUUCGUUACUGUGGGAGACGGAGCAGAGAACACUCGUGAUUGGCUGACGCCAGCGGCAGCUUCCAUCGCAAUGACUCAUUACCGUUGAACAUGAUGUUGAAGCAAACAAUCAGCACAUUGUGCCGUCACAAAGGUCUGCGAGAUUGAACCGUGGAGUGGCCACCUGCGCGAGUACUCCGCGUUCCUGGUCAGCAGCUAUCCCAGCCCGUGCAUGACGGUCAACCAGUUGUUUUCCAACCUUCGCCACCUGGUGAACAUCUUCAGCCAUUGUCGGGUGGAUCACGACAAGUCAUGCGCGGCAAGCGAGAUCGACGGCUGCUUCCUCCUUGCUCAGCUGUCCGUCCGGAAAGGAUCCCGUUCCAUCGUUAACAUCGAGCUACGCGAACUGAGACCAAUUCGGCUAGCCCUGGAUUCCCUGUGUGGACGCCUGGUUCGUGUCACGUGCAAAAUACAAAGCAGGCACUCGUUGGCGCUGGUCUACUUCCUGCUCCUGGAACACCUCUCCAUUGACUUCGCGGAGCUCUGCACUUCGAGCAUAUCGCAAAACCAGCUUUUCAUGCAGGACGGCAUUCAGCUGAGCGGUAACCUAAGGCACGGCCAAAUCAGCUACUCCCAGCUGAUUGACCACCCAUCGAAGAUACUCAUAGGCACACUGCGCUGCCCGGUGACCACGAUCUACAUGCUCGAGAUCAUGAGCGUGUACUUCUCGAGCGUUGGCGUGUACAUGCUGUGCGAGCUGUUCGUCAGGUGUGAGGCCCUCUCCAUGUUCGUCUUCCUCGAGAACGGGAUCGACAUGCCCGAGGCUGAGGCAGUCAUACGCUGCUGCGCCGCGCACCAUAGCAUGACAGAGGUUUACAUCGACGAGCUGUUCGCGACAGUCGACUCCUGCUACGGGCUGAAGGACCUGAUGAGACGGAACGCAGCCAUCGAUGAGCUCGUGCUAAGCCACCGUUCACGUUGCACGUGCCGGAAACCGCACGGGUUCGCAGCGUUCUUCGCCGCCGUCGCCGAUCCGUGCGCGCCGAUCAAGACGUUCGACAUGCGCGAAUUCGAAUCGAACAACUCGGACCUCCGGCACUUCCCCUGCGCGCUGAACGGCAUCAUCAAAAUGGAGAAGCCUAAUGUCACGUGCACUGCCGCCGCAGUGGGUCUCCAGUUUUCAUUCGACCUUUUUAUUUUGCACAAACCAAUACUCGCCGAUGUUCACGUCAGCAGCUGUCUGGCUCCCGUUGACAACGUGGGUGAAAUCACGAAAGAGAUCGGGGGUCAGGAGACGCUGAAGAAGCUGUCACUCAGCCAGGUAUAUCUUAGCGGCGACACCACCUUGUGGCCAGUAGACACCCUGAAGGUCAACUUGACGGAGGGUUUCCUGAGGCUGGGCACGGAAAAACAGCCGGGUCUGGCGAAUUUCUCGAAGCAAAUCGGCGUCAGAGGCCGCGGAAGCGGGGCCGAGUUCGAAGGAUUCUACGCUGUGAUUGACAGUCUCAGUGCCUAUCUCCGAAAGGGUCGCAAGACCUGGCAAGCGACAUUCGAAGCGCCCGUUCCACUUUCCUGGCCUCAGUUCAAUAAACCCACCAGCCGACCAUGUGGCAACGCCUACCUCACGCGUCUUGCGGUCCGGAUGGCCACAGUCAUCGACUGCAACCUGGCCGUUCGGCUGUCCGUGUUCGCCGGCUGUGGCUACCAGCGGGAAGCACCGCUGGCCCUCGCCGCGGAGACGUCGCCGUCUAGGACGCUGCUCAGAGACAUCGGCAAGAGCCGCAGCCUCUGCUCCCUCAUCUCCAGUGGCUGGACAUUCGAUUACCACGCGGCGACCACCUUAAGUGGCGUGCUAUGCACUACGAGCACACCUAACCAUCUCAUGUCCACCGCGGUUUUGCCGCAAUCUGGCGUCUUCCCUUUGAUAAAGCUGUCGGGCUUCCUGGAAACCCACUGCACUGUCUUCAGCUGGAUUGUCUACAAGCAGCAGGACUGUGAACAGAAUGUAUUCGACGUACGCGACGCGUCGCCAGCUAACCUGCCCCUGCUCCAGGACGCGUGGUGGUUCGUGGUGCCGCCCUGCUGCAAUUCGAAGAGGGCUGCCCUGGGUUGCUAGGAGGUGCGCGACAGCCGGACGCUGCUCGUUCACGUGUCGGCACUGGCGAAUCUGACCAAAACCGAAGCGGAUCAGAUGAUCACUCGCCACUGACAAUAUGUGGACGCGAACUUCCUGGCUCUUGCUGGUGUCGUCAGGGCGAGUGGAGUGCUGUCGCGACGCACCUGGAAGCGUCCACCCUGUUAAGCUGCACAAUACUUUCUUAGACUACUGCAUGAGGACACGGUCGUACCUGAGCCUCGAAUAUAUAUUGUAGAGGACCAUAGUACAAUGUGUUGACUUUUGAGUAGCCUAUAUCAUGUGGCAAUGUGCGCCUGUCCCGACUUCCCGUUGUCGCGAACCGGACUGCAGUUGUUCAGGAGAUAGGCAUACGCAGGUUCACCUGUGCAAUGAAGAGAACGUGGAUUUCAAGCCCGAUUGUUUCAUCAUAAUCUGUGAAAACAUUUCUCCUGCACUGAACGCUAAUGAGGUUUCGUAUGGUGCAACGUCUGUGGCAGCACGUCACCUGUUAAGCGUGAGGACGCCUGGCUCGGCGCAAAGGGCGUUACCAAAGGGAUGGAUGCAUGUCUGCUAUACUGUAUUCUUUGUUUUUAACUUCCAUGUACAUGUUUUGGGCACGUUCAGUUAGGAUCAACUUAGAAACAGCUUCACGUUGUCGAGAUCAUGUCAUAUUUUAUUAGACGUGUCAUUGCUAAGCUUCUCUACGUAUUUCUGCUCAUGUUGUAUUUUGAGGCCUACAUUCGUACAAUAUUUGCACAUAAAGAAUUAUCGGUGAGUU